UACCCAGAACCCCCCGCGGAGCCGCCGCCGCCGCCUGCCGGGCGCACAAGAUGGCGGCGCGGUGGGGAAGGGGCGGCGGGCGGUGAGGGAGCGGGGGCGCGGGCUGCCCCGGGCCCGCCAUGACCUACACGGCGGAGCAGCUGGACGGCGUGCGGCGAAUAAAGAGCUGCCGCAACUACUACGAGAUCCUGGGAGUGGAGAGAGAUGCCAGCGAGGAGGACCUGAAGAAAGCCUACCGCAAGCUGGCCCUGAAAUUCCACCCGGACAAGAACCGCGCUCCCGGCGCCACCGAGGCCUUCAAAGCAAUAGGCAAUGCUUUUGCAGUUCUCAGCAACCCUGAAAAACGAUUGCGAUACGAUGAAUUUGGAACUGACCAAGAGCAUGUCAGCACUGGCCAGGCCAGGCACUAUAACUACUACACAGAAUUUGAAGCAGAUAUUACACCAGAAGAAAUAUUCAAUGUGUUUUUUGGCGGGCACUUUCCUACAGGAAAUAUCCAUAUGUUUUCAAAUGUAGCCAGAGAUGCACACUAUUAUCCACGGAGGCACCGUGAAAGAGCAUGGACACAGGAGCAAGAGGAGGAAGAAAACAGGCCACAGAACUCAUAUUCUGCAUUUAUUCAGUUGAUGCCAGUUUUCAUAAUAAUAAUAGUGUCAGUUAUAACUCAGCUGAUGGCGACUAACCCACCCUACAGCCUCUUCUACAAAUCGUCCAUAGGCCAUGUUAUUAGCAGAGAAACAGAGAACUUGCAGGUGCCUUACUAUGUUGAUAAAAACUUUGAGAAGAAUUAUCAAGGAGCGGAACUUCAAGAGCUAGAGAAAAACGUUGAAAAAGAUUACAUAGACUAUAUUCAGACCAGCUGCUGGAAGGAGAAACAGCAAAAGUCUGAUUUGUCGAAUUUGGCCAAGCUAUACAGAGACGAGCGGUUAAAACAGAAAGCAGAAUCAUUGAAACUUGAGCACUGUGAGAAGCUCUCCAGUCUGAUUGGAAUGCACAAAGGGGGCUGACCAGGACACACACAUUCUGUAGUUUUUAUUUAUUGCUGUUUUAAAUUAUGUUUUUAUUUUCCUUUGUAUAAAAACGGAAGGAGUCUAUUGCAAAGAGUGAAUAUGCGAUUCCUUCAUAUAGUGCAGAGAUGGGCCAACACAAGCUGUAGAGCAAGUGUUUGCUUUAAUAUACUGUACACUAUAUUUGGUUCCAAGGACCAGUGGCACUUUGUAAAUUAAUUCCCUGGGAAACACUCUGAGUUUGGAAUGUGUCUCAUCGGUAGUUUGUCUGCCAUCCAAACAGUAUAUACUUCCCAGGAGAGUAGACGAAUGUCUUAUGCUUUCUGUAUUUUCUAUGGACCUGCAAUUCACCCGGUCAUACCAACCGUGUAGUUCGCAGUACUCAGUGCACUAGCCUUUUCAUACUGCUAUCAAGUGGAUGUCCUUGCCUCUACAGUCGUUUGUAAUGAGAAUUUAGAUGAAAGGCAGCAUAUGUCCUGUUCAAGUCCAAUAUUCAGUGCUUAACUCUGAAGUGUCGAGUACCUGCUUCAGGUAAGCAUUUUGACAUGCUCCGAGCUCUCCUUACUGUCAAAGGGACUUGACCGAGUGCUUGUCUGGCUGGGGGGGUCUGCCCCUUCUCCUUGGUGACAUGACAAGCUGAGAGCAGAACUGCAACGCUGAACAGGAAGAUGAGAGCCUGUGAAAUGCAUCGAUUCCAGCAUCUGCCAAACUGCAGAGAAAGGACAACCUUAUUUAUUUUCUCAUACGUUUCCAGUGGCAUAUUUUUAAGCUGGCUGUAUAACUCUGAUUUUUAUCUGCAAACUCUUCUCCAGCUGUUACAGGGGUCCUGCUUUUUCUGGUACAGUUUUGAUGUAGCAUAUUUUUACUCUUGAGCAGUUAUGAAUGUUCCACUGUAGAGACUAGUAUUGCAAAGAAAAAGAUCCAUGUA